AUGGAUACUGAUAAUGAUGAUAUUCUUCAAAGCUUUAUGUCAUGGCCUUUCUUUGAAGAUUCUUUCAUUGAUCUAAGUCCUUUCACCAUGACUGACUUUGAAGAUAACUCUCUCAUGGAUUUUGCACCUCCUUUCUUCAACAGCGGUUCCUAUGAUCUUCUGCCUCUUCCUGAAAGCUUGGAGCAUAAAGCUAUCCCUCUAUCCUGCCUUCCAUCACUUCCGGAUCAUCAGAAGCUCCAUUGCUCCGAAGAAAUCAUGAAAUAUUACACAGAAGCAAUGCCACUAAGCGCAGUGACAAUCUCUCCUCAAACAUUAAUAGAAGAGAAUGCAGAAGGAGAAGAAAUAAUGAGAAAGGAACUGAAGAGUUCAAGAGGGAGGAGGAAUAGGGGCUCAGGGAAAGGGUCGAUGAGAUCUUGCGAUAUAGAGUUGAAGGAAAUAAGAGCUUACUUCCAUAUGCCUAUAACUAAAGCAGCCAUGGAAAUGAAUAUUGGGUUGACAGUGCUUAAGAAAAGGUGCAGAGACGUCGGUAUCACAAGAUGGCCACAUCGCAAGUUGAAGAGCUUGAUCACACUCAUCAAUAAUAUUCAGGAGAUAGGAAAGAGUUCAAGUGAUGUGAACAUAAUGGAGGAGCUGAAGUCAUUGGAAGAGUACAGAAAGCUAAUGGAAGAGAAUCCUGAGAUUCAGCUAACUAAUGAAACCAAGAAGCUUAGGCAGGCUUGCUUCAAGGCAAAUUACAAGAAGAGGCUGGCAAUGCAUGCAAUGUUCCUGCCUGCAGCCUAUUCAAAGGAUUUCUUCUAG